AUGAAACUUCUAACAUCUGAAGAAAUCGAGGAGAAUAAGCGUCAGACGUUGAUCGGUGGUUUGCAGGGUUGUGUGGGAGGUUUGGUCAUCUCUGGGCUUCUGUUCAGAUUAAUGCCUCGUCGUUACCCAUGGUUUAACCCUAAGAAGAUGCCUUGGUCGUUAAAGACAGCUAUAUUUAUUAUGCCACCAACUGCUUUGAUGGCUAUCUGCGCAGAAGAAGCCUCCAACAGAUUUGAUGAGGAAAAAUAUAGUGGUAAACAAUUAGAAAGAAUUAAUGAGGUCAAGAAUGAAGUUAAGGGGCAAAACUCGGCUAUGGUCAAUAUAUUAGAUACUUUGAGUAAACACCAAUAUAAGAUCAUUACAGGGUUAUGGGCAGGUUCGUUAUGGGCUUCGUGGGUAGUCAUUAACAGAGACAAGAUCAUGACUAAGGCUCAAAAGAUUGUUCAAGCAAGAAUGUACGCUCAGUUCGUCACAAUUGGUUUAUUAUUAGGUGGUCUUGGUUUGAGUAUGUAUGAAGAAAAAUUACAUCCAAAUAAACAUAAGGCAAUGGAACAAAGACGUUGGGAAGAAGUGUUGAAAGAAGCUGAAGAAAAAUCAGAGAGAGAGAAGGAAGGAGUUGCUUCUCCAGUAUAUGUUCCUACCGAGGACCGUAUGAGUUCGAAGAUUUACAAGUACAAAUAG